CACUGAAAAUGAACAAGGUUAUAUCUUUACUAUUAAAGCAAGAAACAUAAUUAAGUUAUUUGUAAGCCAUUUUCUACCAAUUUAAUAAAUCAUUAUUAUGACUGGAAACUUACGCGAGCUUAAGGUGGAGGCAGUGACAAAUACUUUCAUAGCUACGCCUUUUAAGCCCACGCUCGAGUGGUACAUCCAUGGGCUUAACGAAAACCUAGGCAGCCGAGGCCGCUCGCCCGAUUUCAUAGGUGUACAAAAUCAUGAUGUGGGUGAAUUCGUGACACAGAUUGAUGUUGAUCACGAGACGCAGCGCAACAUUACGAAAGCCACAUUGAACACAAUCAGAGAGUCGACUGCAGCUCCUGCCAACUGCCUGAUGAAGCUGGCCUGCAACAUAAACAUCGUGGAUAUCACACGCCGCCUUCUGACGACCGCCGUCGAGAGCUGUGACCUGGGCAUCAAGGUCGAUGAGGACUCAGUCUACACCAUGGCCCACAAACUGGCCGAGGCGAUGCACUGUCCGCUCGAGCAGCGCGGCAGCAGCGUCGACUCGGUCAUCUUCAGCCUGGUCCCAGCCAUAGCCGUGCAGCGCGAGACGGGCCGUGUGAUGGCCUAUGCUGUGGGUCAGCUGGUGGCACGUGGCAAAAAGAAUGCUCAAAUGACCAUGGUCGUGCGAGGCUUUGCCCCAAGCGCACAAUCGCGACAAAUUAUCAUCGAGUCCGUAUCCCAGUCGCUACUGCCCAUCAGUGAAGUCUCUAUUUAAGAGAGGUAUUCAAUUUGUCUAAGUACGCCUCGACAUAGGUGAAAUGUAUUUUAAGUUUAAAGUGAUUUGGAAUAAUCUGUACCUUAUAUUAGUUUUGUAUGUGUAAAAUGUUCGCUGGAAAGUUUUCUGAAGUCUUCUAAUAUAUAAGCUAUAAAUAUAUU